UGCCAAGUCAAAACUUAGUGACUCAGACUAAGCUAAACUCAAGCAAGAUAAUCUUCAAAACCAUGGUUAUUGUAUGAAAGUGAACUCACAAUUGCAUGCUUCCAGGCUGUAGAGCAUUUUUGUUGUCACUUUCAGUGUACCUUUCUUCGUUGACAGCAAAUUGGUUUUCUUUAAUACCUCAAUUUAGAUCCCAUUCUGCAACAAGAAAUGUUUCAGUGAAGUCUGGCUUGGUCUACUCUUCAUUCCUCUCCCCUGUUUCUUCUCAGCAGCUUCUUUCGAUUUUUAUAAUACAAGCAAACAAGAAAAUUUUAAUCAACUUGUUCUCUUUUUCCUCUUUAGUAUUUCCUACCUUCAUCUUUGUUGAUAUCCUUCUUAUAUCUUAAAUAUUCAAUUCAGUAAAUCUCUGUAGCAAGACAAAGUUAUCCUUCUGUUUGUGAGAGGUAAGACGAUAGGCAUCAUGGGGAGGAAUCCAGAAGAACAGAUCGUAUUGCAUACGAGAUCUAAGGCCACGGGGGAAGGCGAUUUGAGGAAAUCCCUAUUUGCUUCUAUUCACAAAAAUGGCAGACCAAGCAGCUUGAUCAUCAAGAAAGCCCAUACGGUGAUUCCUGCUCACAUAGUAGCCGAGGCCAUAUCAACACUCCAUGGUCUUGAUCUGAGAUGGUCAGGCCCAAUCACACCAACAGAAAUGCAAUAUGUUGAACAAUAUGUGCUUGCAAAGUACCCAGAGUACUCCAAUGCCCUUGUUGAAGGAGGAGAAAAAACUGACCUGUAUAACCUUUGCAUCAAAGAAGAGCCUUCAGAGCCACCCACACCAGAUGUCAAGCGAAAGUCACCACGGGGAAGUUUUAGAGACUCAUCGACACCCUCAUUUGGAAGCAAUAUUUCUGAUCUAGACAAAGCCCAGUUGGAGCCAUCAAGAUUGCUUGAUAUCCUCACCAAAAAGUCAUCCUUUCCAGGGAGUUUCAUCUCCAUACCUGAAAUCCAAGCAAGGAACAAAGUUCUAAAGCACUGUGGAUUACAUGAUGAAGAAGAGUACCUUGUUCUCUUCACUCCAAACUACAAAGAUGCCAUGAUGUUGGUGGGUGAGAGCUACCCUUUCUUCAGAGGUAACUUCUACAUGACCAUUAUCGGGGAAGAAUCAGAUUACGUAAAGGAAUUUGCAAGUUAUAAGGAAUCAAAAGUGAUCUCGGCUCCAGAAACUUGGCUGGAUUUGAGGAUCAAGGGAUCACAACUGAGUCAGUAUUUUAGGAGGAAAUGUAAGCACAGCCCAAAGGGACUGUUUUCUUACCCAGCUGAUGUGAAUGGUACACGUUACUCAAUGCACUGGAUAUCAGAAGCUCACCGGAACUCGUGGCAUGUUCUGCUUGACGCAACGGCUCUGAUUGUGGGAGAGGAUCGGUUGAAGCUUGCGCUCCACAGGCCCGACUUUGUGCUGUGCAGUCCUGACAAUACACAUGCUCAUCCUACCAAGAUUACUUGCCUCCUGGUCCGGAGAAAAUCCUUUGAUACUGCAUAGGCAAUUGAGUAAGAGGUACUUGUAUGAUUAUAUAAUUAUCUGUACAGAGAAAUGCAAUUUCAUACCCAGAAAUUCUUACAAUUUUUUCCAAGAUCAUAUGCUGCAAAUUUAGAACUAAAUUCUGAAGAUACCAUUGAAUGUCAAGACUGGUGGAUUUCCAGACGCUACCUGGGUUCUGUAGUCUUCCCAAGUGUUUUUUGUUACCUCCUAGAACUCUUAUCUGCUGUUCACAUUUUCCAGUUGC